AUGGACUUCCUGACGCUCUUCCUGAUUUACCUGUGCUUUGUGCUGGCCACCACUGCCCUGCUCUGCCUCUGCUCGGGAAGGAAGGAGAGUUUCCUCACAAGGAGUGUCAGCAGGGCAAGCCAGGUGCUGUCACUGGUGAUCCCCAGCCAGCUCCAGAGGGUGACACACCGGGCACUGCACAGGCUCUUCCACACAAGGAGCUGUUUGUUUGUGGUCCUGCACGUAGCCCUGCAGGCUGCAGUGUUUGGGGAAUACACCUGGGAAGUGUUUGUGUACUGCAGGGAGCUGCAGUUCCACCUCCUGCCCCUGCUCCUGCCCUACCUGCUGCUGGCUGGGAACCUGGGCUGCUUCAUGCUCUGCUCCCGGGCCAAUCCUGGUACAGUGACAAAAUCCAAUGCUGCAUCCCUGGUGGAGGUUUAUGCCUACGAUGGGGUGUUGUUUCAGAGAGGCCUCGUGUGUCCCACGUGCUCCGUGGAGAAGCCAGCCAGGUCCAAGCACUGCAGUGUCUGCAGGACGUGCGUGCACCGCUUCGACCACCACUGUGUGUGGGUCAACAACUGCAUUGGAGCCUCCAACGCCGGCGUGUUCCUGCUGUACCUGCUGUCCCUGACAGCCACCGCUGCAGCCCUGGCUGCUGUCACAGCUGCACUCCUCAUCCAGGUGCUGCUGCUCUCCAACAUCAUGCACGGCUCCUACCUGGAUGCCCAGGGGCAGGAGCACCCCGUGGAGAUCGCCUUCCUCGUUCAGCACCUUUUCUUGACUUUCCCUAGGAUUGUCUUCAUGCUGGGCUUCGUCAUCCUGCUCACACUCGUCCUGGGGGGAUAUUGCUCCUUCAGUCUGUAUUUGGCCCUCACCAACCAAACCACCAAUGAAUGGUGCAAAUCCCGAAAAUCUGGGGGCUCCCCCCAUCUCCCCUCGCAGCCUCAUGGCAGACCCCUCGUCUACAAAAACAUUUAUUCUAAAGGGAUCUGGAGGAAUUUAAAGGAAAUCUUUAACCCUCCUACAGUAUUGGAAAGGAAGAAGAAAACAUGAAGAUAUUAUUGUUUCUCUGGGCAUUUUUAGAUGUUUCCCAAGACUUUAGUUCAGCAGGGGGCUCGGAUGCCCAGACGGAUUUUGGAACAAGGUUACUGCAGAAUUCACAUCCUGGUGGCUCAGCAGAGCAUCAUUUGAGCUCCCUCCCUCAGUCCUGGCCCCUGAUGACAGGGAUUUGGUCCAUCUUUAUCUCUGGGAAGGGCUAACACAGAGCUCCUGUGAAUCUUGAGGAAGCAGCAUCUUUUUGUAUCUUUCUUUGGGAAACAAUUGACCCAUGACUGUUUACAAUGACUACAAUAGGUUGUGUGUAUUUAGCUGAAAAACUGACUUCUGGCAGGAUCUUACCUGCAGAAACCAUGUCCUACUGCAGCUUUGGAGCAUUAACUUCAGGAAGGAAAUUAAAGUGUCCCUGUUCUCCUCUCCUUCCAGAAAUUCUUCUGUUUGAGUAUAAUAGAAGAGAAAUUGGAAAAAAAAAAUAUAGUAAGAAUUUUAAAUAAUUUUAUUUUUAAAAAUGUAUUUAUUUACAUGCUGAAUCUGUACAAUAUGCAAUUAAAAAUCCACAUAUGGUUUAAAAAAA